ACUUCCUCGAUAUUGACAAACAACUGCCAAUACCAUCGAUGGUUAUAUCGAUACUAAACAAUCGGUCAGGCUCGGCGCAUGUCCAGGGUCCGCUGACAGCCGUGUGGACAGUUGCGCCCCUACUUGGUAACUCUCCUGUGCGCCUGGUAACUCAUGGAGAGCGAGAUGCUGCCGUACAUGCCGUUCCUAACCCAAUACUGGCCGUUUAUCGUAGCCGGCCUGGCAUGCUUCGUGGCAGGCCGUUAUCUCUUCACUGUGCUGAACGAUCAGACCGAGGAGCUGACACCUCCACCGCGACCCACAGAUGACGAGCUCGUGGGGGACGAUUAUGAUGAAGAUAUGGAUGCAGUGGAAGGAGGUGCAGCUGACUUGGCUAGUGCUCUGCCCUGGGACUUGGAGCAUGUACCGUUCUCCUUCACCCGUAUCACACCAGAGGAGUCUAUCAAACGCUCCCAGGAGUUCUACCAGCAAAUGGACACCAGGCGAACUGUGCGCUUCUUCAGCCCUGAUCCUGUUCCUCGGGAGGUGAUCCACAACAUCAUCAAGGCGGCUGGCACUGCUCCUAGCGGAGCUCACACUGAACCAUGGACAUAUGUUGUGGUGUCCGAUAAAGAAAUCAAGGAGAAGAUCAGAGAAAUUGUUGAAGAAGAGGAAAAAAUCAACUAUGAAAAGAGAAUGGGUAAGAAAUGGACAACUGACCUGAAGCCACUGAAGACCUCUUGGGUGAAAGAGUAUCUGACAACAGCUCCAUACCUAAUUUUGGUGUUCAAGCAGAUGUUCAGCUUUACAGAUGAUGGGGCCCGCAAAGUUCACUACUACAACGAGAAGAGUGUAGCUAUCGCUUCUGGUAUCCUCAUCACUGCUGUCCAUUUGGCAGGCCUGGUGUCACUGACCAGUACACCGCUCAACUGUGGUCCCGCACUACGCAUGCUGCUGGGCCGACCCAUGUCUGAGCGGCUCACUCUGCUGCUGCCAGUCGGCUACCCUGCACCUGACGCCACUGUUCCCAAUCUCUCUCGCAAGUCACUGGACGAAAUACUCGUCGAGAUAUAGGGCACCAAGGGACUUGUAACAUCACAAUCGUCUGUUUGUACAUAAUAAUAUGCACAUAUGUGUAAAACUGUCACAAUGAUGUGUUCUUUUAAUUUUAACUUUCAAGAUGUAAUCCAUGUAUUAUGUAAACCAGACAUGCGGGUUGCAGCCUUUUCAAUCUGAAAAACGUCAACUAUAAGAUCUUGGUCUCACAAAUAUCAGUCAUCUGGAGAAUAUCUUCUUGAAUUUUAAAAUCUUCAAGUGUUUAUCAAUUUUACAAGCCAGGAGUUUGUGUGAUAUGGUUAGUCAUUUGAGCCAAAUAUGGUUAGCUAUCCUUCCGGUUCUUAUCAUAGAAACCGACAUUCUAAUAUGCUUAGUCCUACUUUUUUCAAUUUUUUCAGAAAGAGACACAAUUUUACAUUUCUAUCAGAGUCUCAGUAUCAGUUUGAUUUUAAGUACUAUCAGACUAGCAUUUUCCUCCCCAAGAAUUGGUAUAACCAAGAUCUGCUUAAGGUAAGGAACAAAUUAAUUUGUAUUGCACUCGCCUUACAAUUCCAUAUAAUUUUCUCCAAAACAAGAUUUUACUUACUAGUGAUACUUGGUUCUAUGAGAGUAGUCUUACUGAAACUGCUGUUGGCUAAAUGACUAGCUACAAUUGAUCGCUUUCAGCCUUUGCCCAAGUGGUUUUACUUUUGGUGGAUUCUUCCGGUUCAUGAUUUUUUUAAUUCAGUUUGAACUGGUAAGCACUGUGUUAGUGUUUUAAGCUGCACAUGUGACUUAAGAAGUGAUUUAUAUGUUAUGUUUCAUAUUUCUAU